AUGGUGUCGUUAAGAUUUAAAAAAGCGUUCUGUGUUAUGUACUCUGGAUUACUUUUUGUAUCCGGAAUAGUUCUAAUAGCAGUCUCCUCUCUUUUAUUAUACAGAGUCUUUCAUCACUUUGAUUAUAUACCAGGAAGUACAGUUGGCCCUCUGAUAUUAUUAAUAAUUUUAGGAUUUGGGCAUAUAUUUUUAACAUGGUUGGGAAUCAAAGGUCCAACAUUGGAAUAUACUUUCCAUAUAAUUUUGUUCAUAGUUUUUACAAGUAUUUUAUUAGUAACCGAAUUCAUAAUUGGAGUUUGGACGAUGAUUUUGAGAGAUGGAGCUCCUACUCAUUCCGUUGAUUUAAUGACCGAAGCUUUUAAUGAAAUGAUCAAGGAGCAGUAUUACAAUAAAGAUUUCGCUCGAAUGCAGGCAGAGAUCGAGUGUUGUGGUUUAGAUGGAGCAGCGAAUUACGCGAACUACUUUCGUACUGAUGAUGCUAUUAGACUCUCAUAUAUGUCUUGUAAAGACAAUAACGUACCCAAUAACAAUGUAGAUUUUGAGCCCUACCCAGAUGGUUGUCAAGACGCCUUUCCCGAUUAUCUCCAAUUACUUCUAUUGGAAACUGCUUUAAUGGGAUUUAUCUGCACAGGUUUACAGGCCUUCGGACUUUACGUCAUUUGUUCCUUCAACAGAAGUUUGAAAGAAGAACGUUCAAGGAGAGCACGGCAAAGAGCAGAGCUACAACGACAACUGUCAGCACAAAGCCAACAAUCCCAAACACUACUACCACAACCUGAAAUAGGUGAGGUAGGAAUGGUACCACCACCAAUAGGUAUAUCUCAUUUGGCGUCAUCACCAGAAAAUGAACCCAUGCGACCUCCACGCGAACGACCCUCUGCACCAGAUGUACCAGCAGAUCCAGAAAAAGUAUAA